UGCAGAACUUCACUAAAACAAUGGUCCCGACAUUUGGGUUUCGUGUUUUUGACUCACCCUGUACCCCAUAAGCACACAUGAGCGGUGCGGUAGAAGUACAGGCCUACAUGACCUUAUCGGAAAACAUCAAGGCAGGGAAUCAUAACAGAUCGAAUUUAUUGAAAAACCACUUGGUCCAGGUCGGGUGAUCAGUACAGCUGUUAUAAUUACAUCUCGACCUCCCCUUUUUGAAAUUAAAAUAGGCUUACCGUCUUUUGUUUUGUGCCGUAGCCCCGGAAUGGCAGCUCGUGUUUAAAGGUGUGGCGGGCAACGGAGUGAAGAUGUACGACAUGUGGACUGCAGCGACCUGGAACGAGGCAACGCUGGGUGUCGGUGGGAGCUGGCGGGAUGACUCGCUGUACGGAUCCUGGAACAGCGGUGAUCUGAACAUAGGGCGAGUCAAACUGUCCCUGUAUGAUUCCAGUAACGUCAGCAGGGUUGAGUUGAUCUUCAACGGAACCGGCUCAGAUGUCAGCAGUUGGUUCAGAAAGAAUCGCCUCAUCUCAAGCCCCUGGCAGGACCUCAUCUCGACCGCGACGAACUACUUCAGUAUUGAAGGUGAUGUCAACGAAGAACGCCGGUUCUACAUUAAUCACAACUAUGGCGGCUGCCCUGGAGAUAAAGGCUGGCUGGUAGUGACAGAUUCCCAAAUGCUAACGGACUGCCAAUAUGAGCGUCCAUCUGCAGAGUACCCCUACCCGAUCAUACUCUACAGCAACACGGCGGGCAAAGUAGUGUGGCAGGACGUGCUAACUACAGGUGCUGAUACAGUUGGACGUGCCGCCUACCUAACCAUCCACAUCAAUGUCGAGUAGACCGCAUAUGUAAUUUAAUAUGAAAAAGAAAAUCAGCUGAGUUUAUUAUUAUUCAAGUUAUGCGAUACUCAGACUAUGAAAGCGGAAACAUUGUGCUUAACUUUGUUGUAGGAUAGAAUGCACACACAAAUUAUAUUGACUGUGAAAAAAAUGUGGAAAUUCCCGAAUGUUACCUAAUAUAAUUAUCAGACCAGAAGGCAUUGUUUGAUCUGCCCAUUCAUGCUCUUACA